UAUGAACAUCUUUAACAUAGUUCUUUUCACUGUAAGCGUAACAUUUCAAUCUUCUUACGGUCUAUUCGGCCUUUCGUCACAUCGUCCAUUAAAUUACCUACGAAAGCAAAAUUCUUCGUUAGAUUUUAUUAAAUCGGCUAAUUUACCAAGGAGUAUUCGCGGAUUCUUUCUCAACGAUCCUGGAUUUGCCGAAACAUUAAAGACUUCUAUUAAAUCGGCUAUAGCAACUUGCAAAUUGGUCAAUGACAAUUACAGAUGGAAUUGCCCGAUUAAAGAGCAUUUUAGGGAAUCGAUAUUGAGAAAAGGUUUUAAAGAAACGGCUUUCCUGCAUGCUUUACAAGCUUCGGCAAUAGUUAUAGAAUUCGCAAAGGCUUGUUCCAGCGGCGGUGUUGCUUUGUGUGGUUGUGCUGCCGGAACAUCUAAUGAAUCGUUGGAGAGAGGUGAAUGCAACGAUAAUAUCCGUUUCGGAAAAUCAGUUUUGCAGCAAUUGAUCAACUAUUCGAGAAAGAAGAAGUCUAAAUUGCAAAUGGUUAAUGAGCACAAUGCUAGGGUAGGUCUACAUUGGGUACGGAAGAGAACAAGGAGAAAAUGUAAAUGUUACGGAUUUUCUGGAAGCUGUGAGAAAAAAAUUUGCUGGAGAUCUACUCCAUCUAUGGGUAAAAUAGGCUCCCUUUUACAUAAGAGAAUGAUAAGGAGCGUAAAUGUUGAUAGGUCAACUUUAGAGAGGAAAGGACCAAAAAGAAAUAAAGGCUUAUCGAUUAUUGCUUCUAAAUUAUCGCUUGUCAGAACCACAAAAUCUCCCGACUUUUGCAGUGAUAGUAAGUAUAGUAAUGGAACUAAAAGACGGCGUUGUCAAAACGACAAACAUUGUAAAGUUUUGUGCUGCGGGAGAGGUUAUAGGAGAAAACGAGUGAGAAUUGAAACUACAUGCUGUCGCAUGAAAAAGACAUUAGGCUUUCCAACAUCUUGUCCCGAGUGUGCUAAGAUUAUUACAGUUAGACUAUGCAAAUAA